CUUUCGACACGUCAUGUUCAACAAAUUCGUAAACUUUGUUUAUAGUAAAAAACAAUAGGAAGCAAGCAGUUUGUUAACAGUUGCAUGCUUAAAAUUUUGCAAUAUGGUCUACAUUGACCGUGAUGGUCGUGUAUGGCAAAAGCGUCCUUGGGACUUGCAAAGGGUGCUGGAAAUAUUUGUGGGACUGUGGUACCUAAUAUUGCAGUUCUUUCAGACCUUGAUAGCGCCUUUUAAUGGCGGAAAUGGAAAUCAAAGCAAUAAUCGCCGCGGCAAUAGCUGGGGAGGUGGUGGCGGCGGCGGCGGAGGAGGAGGAGGUUAUGGUGGUGGAGGCGGCGGUGGUGGCGGAGGCGGUGGAGGUGGCUUAAGACCCAAUCGACGCAUUGGCCGCAUACAGCAACAGAUGGAUAGCAGUAGUUGUGGCAUGGGUGGCGGAUGAGGAUAGUAGCGGCGUCCCUGAGCUUGAUGGCAAAAGCUGAAACGCCGCUGAACGGUAACGUGUUUGAAGAACAUACAAUGGAGAAGCUCUAAUCUACGCCUAAUUUAUCCGCAUAUUAUUUUUGCGCUUAUGACGCAACAUCCAUAAACUCAGAAAAUGAGUGGGAUGUUGCUGAUACGUAAUUUACGCUGUGUUUAGUGCGUAUGUUUAUUCGCCACGUUAAGCUAAGUUAACAAACUUCAUUUGAUUUUAUACUUAUUAUAGAUAUAUUUUGAAAUUAUUUAACUGUAUUAGUUAAAAG